AUGUCUGCACCAAGCACACGUGAUCAAGAAUUCCAAGGGGAUGCUCCAUCAUCCGCAUCAGAAAAGGAGAGCUCCAUGCACAAUGUCGCUGCCAGUCACAACACAGCCUUGAGCGAAGUCGGCGAAGAGCCCAAACCUCACCUCCACGCGAAGACGUUCCUGGCCGUCUUUGCUGUGUUUGGCAUAUAUUUCGCCCAAGUAUAUUGCCUAGUCGGGGCUGGGGCCCAAGGCGCGUCGAUCGCAGCCCAGUUCAAUGCCGCGACCCAGUCGUCAUGGCUCUCCGGGGCCAUGGCCAUCUUCACCGUCGUGCUCGGGCCCAUAGUCAGCCAGGCGGCCGACUACUGGGGCCGGAAGUGGUUCCUCGUCGGGCUCAGCUUCUCGGGCGCCCUCGGGGCGCUGGUCACCGCCCUCGCCACCAGCAUGAACAUGCUCAUCGCCGGCUGCUGCCUCAUCGGGACCGCCUUCGGCAUGCAGCCCCUCCUCCACGCGGUCGUGUCCGAGGUCCUGCCCCGGGCCUGGAGGGGCUGGGCCCAGUCCAUCGUCAUGAUGUCCAACGCCCUGGGGCUCUUCGGCGGCCUCGUCAUCGGCGGUGGGCUGAACCGGGGCGGCGACCCGGACGGCUUCCGCUACUUCUUCUACAUCGGCAUGGCCUUCUUCCUCGCCACCGGCAUCAUCUGCAUCUUCGCGUACCGCCCGCCCCAGAGGGAGCUGCAGAAGCUGCCGUUCGGCGACAAGGUCGCGAAGCUGGACUUUGUCGGCUAUGGGCUCCUCGGGUCCGGCCUCGUCCUGUUCUGUCUUGGGCUUUCGUACUCGCAGAACCCAUACGCAUGGUCUGACCCUCACGUCUCGGCACCGUUCGCCAUUGGGCUGGCCCUUGCGAUUGCGUUGUGCGUGUAUGAGUAUAAGUUCAAGACGGACGUCUGCGCCUUUCUCAUCUUCAUCAUCUUCUUCGCCUGCAUGAGCACAACAAACGCUCACACGAGGAACGAGGUCUGGGGCUUCCCCGUUCUUAUGGGCGCCGGGCUGAGCAUGACGUUGAUCGCUCUGGUUGCGGCUGGACAGCUCUCCGUGCCCCCUGAGCUCAUCGCAGUAGCAAGCGGUAUUAUGAUCUCCAUGCGAUCCCUUGGCGGGACAAUCGGUAUCGCUAUCUACAACGCCGUCUUCAUCUCCGAGACCAAUCACAUCCCCAGCAACGUGGCGUCCGCCGCGCUCGAGGCUGGCCUGCCGUCGGGCUCGGUCGACGAGUUUGUCGGUUACAUUGUCGCGCACAACGAGACUGGCCUCGCGACUAUCGCUGGCGCCACGCCCGAGAUCAUCUCUGCUGGUGCCGACGCCGCUCUGGACACCUACGCCGCGGCAUUCCGCCUCGUCUGGCUCACCGCGAUUCCCUUUCUGGGUAUCGCUGCUAUCUCCGCUGUGUUCUUGUUUGACCCGACUGCAGACUUCAACAACCACAUUGAUGCUCCGGUGGAGGACCGGAAAGAACUCUAUUCAAAGUGA